ACUGGCUUCUCCGGGGCUGCUCCUGCGCAGACGCAUUUGUACGGGCUGCCCAAGCGAGCGCUGGACCACGGUGGCAGCGGCGGAGGUGACGCUGACGGGAGUGACGGGAGUCUUGGGCCGUGGGGUGCUGAGCCGCGGAGUCGACAGAGGUCUCUGCAGCAUUCUGGAGGGUACUCCAAGCUGGUGGCUUCUUUAUCUCAAGGGGUCCCAGGAAGUUGGGUUUCUUCCCAGGAAACACCUUCAGAGCCAACCUUGCAGCUCCUCAGAACCUGCCCCUGUGCUGGGUCAUGGCUGUGCUCCUGACCCCAUACAUCCUGGCUCCUCAGGAACCAGUCAGCCUCCUGAGAGUGAAAGUGGAAGGUGUUCCUGGGCUCCAAGAAGUCACCCUAGGAAGAAAUAAGCCUGACCCUGAGCCCUCUGAGCAACACUUCAGGGCAGGACUCAGAGAUCCCUGUGAAAGAUCAGAGCCAUCUUUCUCUUCCGCCCCUGAGGAGAUGGACCCGUGGGUGAAGGUGGCACAACAGCCUGAGCACGAUCUUCCUUUCCAGGAGUCCGCUCUUCAUCAAGAGGGAAUCACAGAAGAAGAAAGGCCCUCGAGGACUGGCUCUCUGGGGUCAGUGGCAUUCGAGGACGUGGCUGUGGACUUCACCCAGGAGGAGUGGGGGUACCUAGCCCCCGCUCAGAGGGACCUUCACAGGGAGGUGAUGCUGGAGAAUUACAGGAACCUGGUCUUCCUGGGGCUUGUGGCUUCCAAACCUGAUGUCAUCUGCCAUUUGGAACAAAGGAAAGAACCCUGGAGCCUUCGAGGAAUUGAGAAGAGAAAAGCCUUACGAGGUACCUGUCCAGACUCAGAGACCAGGCCCGAGGCCAAGGCACAAACUCCAAAGCAGAGAGUUUCUCGAGAAAGAUCUUUGCAGGGGCUGAUAGUGGACAGACUCUCAAGGAACAGCCCCUUGUUCUCCAAGUUUAAAGGACAAAAAGUCAGAGAAAGUGAGAGCGGUUUAAAUAUAAGUCAAGGAAGUCAGGGGAAACCCUAUGAAUGCAGCGAAUGUGGGAAAGGAUUCAUUUACUGCUCUGAACUGAUUCGACACUGGAGAAUUCAUACAGGAGAGAAACCUUAUAAGUGCAAUGAAUGUGAGAAAACCUUCAGAUAUUGCUCGUCUCUCACCCAGCACCAGAAAAUCCACAUUUUAGAGAAACCCUAUGAAUGCAAUAAAUGUGGGAAAGCCUUUAGUGAUAACUCAACACUUCUUCGACAUCAGAAAAUUCAUAAUGUUGAGAAAACAUAUAAAUGUAAUGAAUGUGGGAAAUCCUUCAGUUACUGCUCAGCCUUGAUUCGACAUCAAAGAAUUCAUACUGGAGAGAAGCCCUAUGAAUGCAGCGAAUGUGGGAAAACUUUUGGGUACUGCUCAUCCCUAAUUCAGCAUCACAGAAUCCAUACCAUAGAGAAACCGUAUAAAUGUGAUGACUGUGGAAAAGCCUUUACCGAUAGUUCAAACCUUCUUCGACAUCAGAGGGUUCAUAAUGUUGAGAAACCUUAUAAAUGUAAUGAGUGUGGCAAGUCCUUCAGUUACUGUUCAGUCUUUAUUCGUCAUCAGAGAAUUCACACUGGAGAGAAGCCUUAUGAAUGUAAUGAAUGUGGGAAAUCCUUUAGCCACAGCACGUGCCUUACCCAGCAUCAGAGAACUCACACUGGAGAGAAACCAUAUGAAUGCAGUGAAUGUGGAAAAGCCUUCAGCCAAAACUCAUCCCUUUAUUAUCACCAGAGAGCUCAUACUGGAGAGAAACCAUACAAAUGUAGUAUAUGUGGGAAAGCUUUCAGCUAUAAUGCCUCCCUUACCCAACAUAAGCAAACGCAUACUGGUGAGAAGCCCUAUGAAUGUAGCGAAUGUGGGAAAACAUUCAGUCGAAGGACAUACCUUACUGAACAUCAGAGAAUUCAUAGUACAGAGAAGCUCUUUGAAUGCAAUGAAUGUGGGAGGUCCUUUAGCCAGAACUCAUCCCUUGCUGAACAUCAAAGAUUCCAUACUGGAGAGAAACCUUAUGAAUGCAGCAAAUGUGGGAAAGCCUUUAGCCGGAGCACAUUCCUCACUCGUCAUCAACAAACUCAUAGUGGAGAGAAACCCUAUGAGUGCAGUGAAUGUGGGAAAGCCUUCAGCCAGAGACAGUCCCUUUAUUACCAUCAGAGAACUCACACUGGAGAAAAACCAUAUGAAUGUAAUGAAUGUGGGAAAUCCUUCAGCCGCAGCACAUUUCUUACUCAACAUCAGAGAAUUCAUACUGGUGAGAGGCCAUAUGGCUGUGACGAAUGCGGGAGUGCCUUCAGUAGGCGAGCAGCCCUCACCAAGCACCAAAACCUUCAUUGUAGAGCAUAUCUACAUUGAACGUGGGCUAGAUUUCAUUUUGAUUAAUAUUCAGAAGUCAAGUACUCUAAGUAGCUGUGGUGACCUGUGUCCUAGGAUAUCUGUGUCCAUUAGCCUUUAAGCAACAGGCCAGCCCCUAGGCCCUGCCCACCCUAGCUAGGCAGCAGAGUGAGGAGAGAUUCAUGGAACCCCUGUCCCGGUUCAGUGCAGACUUUAGUUAUAUUUCUAUAGGUGAGCUACCAAUAUAGGGAUUCACCCUUCAGACCCUGGAGAACAUUAAGGAUUGUGGCCUCUACCACUGUGCGAAAAUAUGAACCCACAAAAGAUUUCAGUAUCUUCUCAAUUGGUGAAAGUCUUCAGCUUAGAAUCUUUAAAGCAAGUAGAAAUUACAAUGGCCAAGGAAGGUAAAUUUGGGUUUGAUAUAGAUAAGGAAAAGUUAAUGUGUUCACAGGAGAUUACAUUUCAGGCAAACAGGGUGUAUAUCCAUAAAGUUUUUGAUAUAUAUUUUUUAAUUAAAACCCUUGCCUUCCAUCUUGGAAUCAAGACUGUAUAUUGGUUCCAAGGCAGAGGAGAGGUAAGGAUUAGGCAAUGGGGGUAAAGUGACUAGCUCAGGGUCACACAGCUAGUAAGUGUCUGAGGUCAAAUUUGAAUCUAGGACCUCCUAUCUCCAAGCCCAGCUCUCAAUCCACAAAGGCAUCUAGCUGCCCCCAAGUUUUUGUAUUUUUUAAAGAAAAAAAUCAAGACUGGGGUAAUUCUAGAAAAUGAUUGGAUUUGAGAACGUUAUAAGACUUGCAGCUUUUGUUGAAAUGUCUCAGAACUAUAUAUUUAAGUUGUCUAUAUAGGUAACCCUUUUAAAAUAAAUAUACAAAACAAUA